UGAUGAGCUCUCGUUUUGAUGUUUGAAGGCUGAAAAUCCAGAAAAGCAUCACUUUCAAAAGCUUCUGACUGAAUUAAACAAACCCACCGACGCCUAUGAGCUGAACGUCGCCAACAGGCUCUAUGGCAGAAAGGAGUUUCCCUUUCUUCAGGAAUACAUGGAUAAUGUGAAGAAGUUGUACCUAGCCAGUGUGGAAUCUGCUGAUUUUGCGAAUGCUUCAGAAGAAAGUCGACAGAUGAUUAAUUCCUGGGUGGAAAGACAAACUAAUGAAAAAAUCAAGGAUCUAUUUCCCAACGGUUCUAUUGACAGCUCCACCAUUCUGGUGCUGGUGAACGCCAUCUAUUUCAAAGGGCAGUGGCACCGGAAAUUUAAGGAAGAAAACACUGUCGAGGAAAAAUUUUGGCUGAGCAAGGACAGAAGCAAAUCUGUGCAGAUGAUGAAAGAAACCAACGACUUCAAUUUCGCCUCCCUGGAGGACAUGCAAGUCAAGAUCCUGGAAAUACCGUACAAAGGCAGGGAGCUAAGCAUGAUGCUGCUGCUGCCCAAUGCAGUAGAUGGACUGCAGAAGCUGGAAGAUAAACUCACUGCUGAGAAAUUAUUAGAGUGGACGAGCUCACAGAAUAUGUGGAAGAGUCAAGUGGAUUUACACUUACCUCGAUUCAAAGUGGAAGAGAGCUAUGACCUCAAGGACAUACUGGAAGCCCUGGGGGUGGUGGACGUCUUCAGUUCACGGGAUGCCGACCUCUCGGGCAUGACCGGGGAACACAGCCUGGUGGUGUCUAAAGCCGUGCACAAGUCCUUUGUGGAGGUGAAUGAGGAGGGCACUGAGGCCGCAGCGGCCACAGGCAUCAGUACAGCUUUUACAUCAGCAUCAAUACCACAUUUUGAACGUUUCCAUUGUGAUCACCCUUUCCUGUUCUUCAUCAGACACAACAAGACCAACAGCAUCCUCUUCUUAGGCAGACUCACUUCCCCUUAGAUGUGGUUACCGUUGCACGGCCCUAGGGGCACAUGCACAGAGUCCUUCUGAUACACUGAUUGCUGGAAGCAACAGGUUCUCCUUGAUGUGUUUCCCUUUCUAACCUCAUGGUCAUCACUAAGAAUCUAACCUUUGAAAUAACAUUUCUCUCUGUCUCUCUCUUUCUACAAUCACAUGUUGGCCUACUUUAUUUCCCAGUGAUAAUUUCUCUUCAGAAAAUGUCCAAAAUGAGAUACAAGUAUAUUUCAACACUUUAUCUUCAUCUAAAUUUGAAACAUCGUAUCUGUUAUCUCAAAAAAUUAUAGCUACUAUUCAAACCUAUUCACCUAGACACCCAUAUUUCUUUGAAUUUUGGUGAUAUC